CAUAAAGUCCACAAAAUGUCUCUUGGUCGCGUGAUUUAAAAUAAUCGUAACGGGACGGCUUGAAGGUUUAGCUGGUUACUGCUGGUUAAUGCGUUCUGUAACACGUGAUGCUGCUCGCUCCCAUAGCGACCUUGAUUCACACACGUUGGUCAGUUCAAGAGUGAAAAAUGUUUAAUGUGAUUUAUUGAGUCGAAUGAUGAGACGUGGCAGAGGAUUAAAUCCUCUCAAAGAUGCCAUACACCAUGUGAAAAUGGGGAAAGACAAAAACAUAAUAUCAGAGCGAUACAUUAAUCCCGCCAAAGGUCGGGGAGUAUUUGCAAAUACCCUUAUUGUAAAAGGUUCCUUCAUUCUUGAAUACAGAGGAACUUUAAUUGAGAAAGGGGAUUUUGAAGACAUAUUAAAUGAAUAUGCAUACUUUUUUAACCACCUAGGGCAUAACUACUGCAUUGAUGCCUCUUAUGAUAAUGGCUCACUCGGUCGACUUGUUAACGAUGAUGAGAAGCCAAAUGCAAAAAUGAGGAAAAUUCUAGAUGUUGAUGGAAAGCCACAUCUAUGUUUGUUUGCAAUCAAGGACAUCGAUGCAGGUGAAGAAAUAUUAUACGAUUAUGGAGGACAUAACUUGCCAUGGCGUUCUCGCCAUGGACAGGAACAUUACAAGCACCUUCAUGAGCCCGUUGCUCCAACCAUGACAGCAUGUGACAUCAGGUCUCCUACAGAGCACCUUCAUGAGCCUGUCGGUCCAGCCAUGACUGCAUGUGACAUCAGGUCUCCUACAGAGGACAUAACCGUUGGAUCCCAGCAGGAAUCCACAAGACCAGGCAGCGGUGAUGAUGAAAGAGGAAGAAAGAGAAAGAGAAAAGAGAAGAACGUUGGAGUGAGAAGGAGAGAGACAGCCAGAGUUUGCAAAGCACAUCAACUUGUCAAAGAGGAGAUGAAUUCGCUUGAAAAAUGUUCUGUUUGCUCUGGACCGUUUUCCCCACUGAAGUGGUGGGGGCUGAAAUGUAAAGGGCUUUUGGAAAGCAGGCCAUGUCCAAACACAUCAGAAGGACUAAAAGCUGACAGACAAAUCUCUGAAAACGAUGUCUCUAGCAGAGGAAGGCGGAUGCCCAAAAGGAGACCAUGGACGAAACCUGAGGUGAACGCUGUGAUGAGACACUUCAAAAUGCACAUCAGCAAAGCUCACUUGGAAACAAUGAGGGAGUGUGAGGUCUGCAAAAGGUGCGAGCAUCCGGUCCUUCAAAACCGGUCCGUCCAAAUAUACGUGAUUUUGUACGGAACCGAGGGCGAAAUUUUAAACACGUGGAAAAUUAAGUCGAAAUUUUAAUGUUCGUAGUCCAAGGGGCUAAUAAUCUGUUUGACACAUUUUAGUUCUACUCUUUUAACUUGUAAUUUUUUUGAUAAAAAUGUAUGUAUUUAUUAGUUUCAAAAUAGAAAUUUUAAGAAAACAUGUUUUAUUCUCCUGCUGGUAGUGUUGAUCAUUUUAGUUUAUAUGUUUAAUCUGAGGGACUAUAGACCUCUGUUGAUGUUUUUUUAACUUUAACAUUUGUGGUGUUUCAUGAAGUUGGGUUAUGUUUUUCAUUCCUGUCCCUGAAAGGCAAUGUUUUGUACCUGUCAAUGUACAAUAUUUGACAAUAUGUUGUUGAAGAUUCAACACUUGCAACAUUAUAAUAAAUUACUACUAAUUUGA